AUGAAUUUCAAUCUAAAUCAAAUCAAUCGCCUAUCUGUAGCUGAAGCUCGCAAUUGGACAGAAAGGGAGGAGGCUGAGAAAAGAUUUGUUGAGAAAGACUACAAUGGUGCAAGUAGCUAUGCUUUGAGAGCUCAAAUUCUUUGUCCAAGCUUGGAGGGUAUAAGAGAAAUGAAAGCUACAUUUGAUGUCUAUGCUGCAUCUGAGACAAAAUUCAAAGGGGAAACUGAUUUCUAUGCAAUUUUUGGUCUAAAACCAUAUGUUGUUAUGGCUAGGCUCAUCAGACAGUUUACGGAGAUGUAUCGUCUGCUUAACCCUUAUUGCAACAAAACUGUUGGGGCAGAUGGGGAUAUCCCAACCACAAAUGGAGUCGUUGUAUCUAAAUCUAAGCGGAAAUCGUAUUCUGGAUCUUCAGUGGAGGUUGUUGAUACAGAUAUAACCAUUCCUCUCGAGGAACACCCUAUAGGGAAUGGCAAUAAAAACACGAGAUCUCUUCACGAGCCUUCCAAACUGGGCAAGCCCUCAAGGAGAAAGAGUCUUGAUGACACAUGCUUAUUAAUUAAUAGGGCAUUGUCUGAAUUAAGAAAGAAGUUGCCAGAGAUAAGGAAAGCUGAUGCUGAAGUAGCUGCACUGAAGAAAAACCUAGCAAAUUUACCUCAGAAAGAAGCAGCAGCAGCAGGAAAAUCAGUAGGAGAGGUGGUGGUGUCUAACAAGCCUAGUUGGACUUCAAUCAGUGGUGAGGAGGAGGGCAUCAAUGCGGCUGAGCAAUGCUUCAAGGCGAAGCAGAUAUUGGCGCUCUAUGAUGAAAAAGAUGCUAUGCCACGUCUAGAAAAAAUAAAACGGGGAGGAUGCCUUAGAAUUUAUCCUAGGGGCGGGGAUAUAUGGGCCAUAUACAAGAACUGGUCAUCGGAAUGGAACAGGGAGACCCCCUUUGAAGUUAGGCAUCAAUAUGAGAUGGUGGAAGUUAUGAUGGAUUAUGAUGAAGAAGAUGGGGUUUGCAUGAGUCCACUGGUGAAAGUAGAUGGUUACAGGACUGUGUAUGGGAGGAACCCAGAUAAGGGUUCCAUUAGUUGGGUUUUGAAGAAGGAAAAGUUGAGAUUCUCACAUCGUGUUCCUUCUUGGCGAAUUAGAGGUGGAGAAAGGACUGAUGAUCUGCCAGAAUGCUGUUGGGAUCUGGACCCUGCCGCCACCCAAGAUGGCCUUAUCCUUCAACAGCAGCAAGAACAAGAAGAAGCUGAAGCUGGGAAACAUAAAUGUACUUGA